GUUCAGAGUCUAGAUGAAAUACUGCAAAACACCAACCUGCAAAUCUCCCGACUCAAACUGGACUUACGGGUGAUGCAACAGGAGAAGGAAACUCUGAAACAAGAAGUGAUGUCUUUACACAAGCAACUGCAGAAUGCCAAUGAAAAGAAUCGGGUUCUAGAAAUGGCUGUGCCUUCCUCGGGGCUUCGGGACCAACAGAGGCAAGUCCACUGGGAUGAACUGGACCAGCUGAUGAAACAGGAGCAGCAGCUGCUCAGGCAGGAGAAUGAGAGGCUGCAGAGAGAAGUGCAGAGCACGAAAACAGACCUGACUCACUCCAGGGAGAAGAUCCGACAGCUGGAAUCUACUAUCCUUUCCUUAAAGCACCAAAAGCAUCAAAGCCAGUCAGGUAUCGUCAAAGCCAUAGAGCAAGAGAAAUUAAGCUUGAAGAGAGAGUGUGAGCAGCUUCAGAAGGAGUUGUCAUCUGCAAAUAGGAAGAUCAGUCAAAUGAAUUCUCUUGAACGUGAACUGGAAACCAGCUCAGAAAAUGAAGGGCUAAGAAAAAAGCAAGUCAAACUGGAUGAUCAGUUGAUGGAGAUGCUCCACUCGAGCACCAGUGUGAUGCUUAGCCAGUCACCACACUCCCAGGAGCUCCAGCAGCAAGGCUGUGCUAUGGUGCCCAAGGAACAGUUCCUGCAGCUCCAACACCAGCUCCUACAAGCAGAGAGGAGGAGUCAACAUCUUCAGGAAGAACUUGAAAGCAGACCCUCUGAAACAAACAUGCAACAGGGGGUUCAUGAGCAGCUUCUAAAAAUGAUGGAAGAACGUAUGAUGGAUGUUGAACAGAAACUAAGGCUUGUGAAGAGGCUUCUCCAAGACAAAGUAAAUCAGCUGAAAGAACAACUUGCCAAGAACACUAAAGCAGAUGCGAUGGUCAAGGAUCUCUAUGUUGAGAACGCACAACUGCUGAAGGCUUUGGAGGUGACAGAACAGCGGCAGAAAACUGCUGAAAGGAAAAACUAUUUGCUAGAAGAAAAAAUUGCCAACCUCAAUAGAAUAGUCAAGAACCUGGCAUCCCCAUCAUUUAGUCCAGCAUCUGAGAUAAG